AUGGAAAGUUCAAAGUUUAGUUUUUCGAUAAAAAAAUCAUCUGGAAAAAAUGUCUCAAUGGCAAAAAGUAAUUCCUUAUUUAUGGGUUAUGAAGAAAAUGAUCGUAAUUUUGGAAUAAAAACUGAAAGUAAUAAUAAAGGUGUUUAUGGGAAAAACUCAAUUCCAGGAAAAAGAACUCAAAUUACUUCUUUCUCAAAUGCUAAAUCAGGUAUUGAGCAACAAAAUGGUGAUGAGGAUGAAGAACUUAUUAUAGAAUGCAAAAACUCACUAAAAUCGUCAAAACCUAUUAACAAUAUCGAAAUACUUUUAAAUAAGAAAAAAUCUUUAAAAAAUAGAAAUGAAGAUAAUUUAGAUUCCUCAAUUAAUAAAGAUAGUUUCCGUAUUCCUGUAGAUAAGUUUGGUAUUGCUAUGCUAAGAGGUAUGGGAUAUAACCCAGAAAUACACACUACAAAACCAAAAAUAUUUAAAAAAAGGAGCUAUAAUCAAUCAGGACUUGGAGCUGAUAAAGAAAUUGAAAGUAUUUCCAAAAAAUAA